UGACGCUAACUGAGGCGGAGCUUCUCGCCCCGGCGGCGGCGGCGGCGGCGGAGUAGGAGGAGCAGCGAGAGGCCGCAUCGGACGUACGUCGGGCCUCGGGCCUCGCCGCCGCCAUGACCAUCUGCCACUUCUUCCUGCAGGGCCGCUGCCGCUUUGGGGAGCGCUGCUGGAACGAGCACCCGAGAGGGGGCAGUGGCGGCGGCGGGGGCGGGGGCGGUGGCGGCGGUGGCGGCGGCGGCGGUGGGGGUCGGCCUCCGCCGCAGCAGUACCCGGCGGCGCCCUCUGGUUGUAGCAGAGGGGGAUGGAGCAACAAUUCUCAGAGAUAUUCGAAUGUCAUCCAACCAUCUAAUUUCUCCAAAUCCACAACUUGGGGGGGCAGCAGAGAUCCAGGGAAGACAUCCUUUGGGUCCUUUGACUCAGGAGCCUCAAGUAGUGGAAGCAGAAAUGUGGGGUUUUCUCAGAAUAGAUUCUCUUCACUGAACUCUAACCAAGUGGAUGGGCAGAAAGAUGACGAGGAUAAACUGAUUGAAGGAAUAGUAAAGGACAUGGAGGUUUGGGAAUCUUCAGGGCAGUGGAUGUUCUCUGUUUAUUCACCAAUGAAAGAAAAGCCAAAUAUAUCAGGUUUUACAGAUAUUUCACCAGAAGAGUUGAGACUUGAAUAUUCUAACUAUAUAAGCAGCAAUAACUUACAAAGCUAUUUGAAUUCCAUCCAGCAAUUAGUAAACCUGUGGAAGAACAGGUUACUUGAGCUGAAGAAUAUAAAUUCAGCAACCAAAGGAGCAUUGUUUUCUAAAUUGAAGAAUGAAGGGGGACAAGUGGUUCCUACCUUUGGAUUUCAGAGUCAGCCAACCUCCACAUUCGGUUCAGCAGCCUUCCCGGGGAGCAGCAAUAACAGCAGCAGCAGCAGCAGCAGUGUCCAGAAUUUCAGUUUUAAGCCCACUUCGGGAUUUGGGGCUGCCCCUUCUGGCAGCAGCACCUCUGUCUUUGGCUCGCCGGCCUCCCCGGCGCUCACGGCUGCGUCUUCCUCCGGCUCGACGAUGACCUCCUCCGCUCCCACUUCCUUUGGGUUCGGGGAGUCCUCCACCGUCUCCGCAGCAUCUUUUUCAUUUAAAAGCCCGGAAGUUUUUAGCUUUGGAUCAGCUGGGUUUUCAGGAUUUCCUGCUUCCUCCCCAUUAAACACAGCAGGUGCCACCAGCAACCCUGCUUUUGGGGGAGGGGGUGGUGCAACAGGAGGGGGUGGCUUUGGCCCCUCGGGCUCGGGGGCCACCUUGUUUGGACUGCCCAGUGGCUUUGGGCCCGGCGGCCCCUCCUCCUCCUCCGGGCUGCCGUCCGGGGCCGGUAACACGGCGGAGAACCUGUUCACACCCAAGAAUGAACUGACAGCCGAGGAGCUCAAACAGUUUGUGGCAAAGAAGUUUACGUUAGGGAAGGUUCCCCUCAAGCCGCCACCGGAAGGGCUUCUGAGCGUUUAAAAGGACACUUUAAGGAAAGGGGAGCAUGUCUUUUGUGGGUAAUUUGGAUAGUUUGCACACAUGAUGAUAACUAGAUUGUCCAGGCUCCACACCGAAAUGUUUUUGGCUUUGAAAUACUUUAUUUUCCUCAGUUAUGUUUUCAUGUCCUAGGCCAGGCAGUUGAAAUCACAGUGAGGGACCCUUAGCAACCAGGGGCUCCUCUCCACGUAAUUAUGGACGGGAUGUCCGCCGGAGGGUUGCCGGUCGGCUGACUGGCUUUGUCCCGGCCCUGGCCCACUCGGGCUCACCUCCUGCCCUUUUCUCCUCUUGGCGGUGUCCCUCUUAGGGGGGUGCUGCCGCCUGGAGCCAGAAGAGAUGACGCUAGCCAGCUUACACAAUGACUACCAGACACUAGAACUUUUCCUUCACGAUAGAGGGGAUGUGUGUUAAGUAUACGUUUAAAUAGAACCGGAGAAGUUUUUGUUCCUAGGUGAUAAUAGGCCAUUUUUCUUUCCCACAAGUUUGUAUCCCUCUUGAUUUUGAAAAAGUUUCAAACUGAGGGCUUGCCAAUUGAAUUACUCUGAGCGUUUAGAUGAUGACUAACAUCUCGAUAGCAGAUGAUUGCUAUAAUCUUGAUAAUUCUUCUCAGUGCCUUGUGAAGAAGAACAUCCCCAUUUGAUAGAUGAAUAGGGAGAGAAAUGGAAGUUGUGACCUGCCCCAUGAGCUCAUGGCGAGUGCACAAUGGACCCAGGCUCCCGGGAUUCUGCUUGGGAGCCUUCUGCUGGGAAUUGUGGAGCCCACUGAAGGCUCCUCUUUGUCCUCCGCCGGGAGGAGUGGGCUUUUGUACCGUUUAUCUCCCGUGAAAGACUGGAGGCAGAGACCUGCAAUUAGCGCCUGGUAAAAUCGAUUCUGAGUUCUCGAGGGUGGGGGUCUCCCACGUACUCCUCGAAGCCCAGAGAGCUCUGCAGCCGGUGCUGGAGGCGGCGUGGCCGCGGAGGUGGGUGGCUUGGGUCGGGCUGGCUUUUUUAUGAAAAUAAAAACUUUGCCUAGCAGCUGUGUUCUCUAUGAA